UUAAUGCGUGCCCGACCCGUCGGAAUGCACCGUCACUUUCAUGUCCUCGCCAUACGCAACUACAUCUACCGAACUACGAACCGAUGGGUAUUGCCCGAAGAGAUAUGGAGAAAACUCAAAGAAUGCUAUGACUUAGACAUGCUAGAGGCGUUGGAAUUGGAUGGCUUUGAUGUCUCAGGGGAGAAGAGACCCACUCCUGUUGUCUUCGCAUAUCCGCCGACAGAUCCCGCGGACAACCUCCAAACCCACCCAUACUUUAGAGCUGAGUAUGCCCCUCCAGAUGACCCCACUAUCGAAGCGGAAUUUUCCCGCAGGCGGAUGAGGACGUCGGUGUCAAUCGAAUCGAGUUCGCCGGCACCUUCUCCUAUCCAUGAGAAACCGGCACCUUCGGGUCGAGGCACCAAGAGGAGGAAAAACCAAGCGCAGCUGAAGAACAUGGCGGGAUUGGUCGCGGGGGACAGCGACAGUAGCGCGUUAACCCAGGAAAGCGGAGAUGAAAGCGCCGCACCCACACCAACGACGAAUCCUGACGCAGGCACCGAAUACGCGGAAGGUGAGAAUGAGCGAGAGCAGUCACCUGCACCCAAGCGUAAAGGCAAGGGACGGCGCAACAGCACAGCUACUCGUGGGAAGCCAACAACGUCAACCCGGGGAGGAAAGAAGAGGAAACGGUAGCAUUCCAGUGCCCAGCAGCCACGUACGAAGAACCGCUUACGGUUCUUCGUCGCGCAAACCCUGCCUGUAGAGCAUUUCCCGUCGUGCACUUAGACUCGCCCUACUUUUCCACACCCUU